AUGUCUCUCCAAGCGGUCUGCUCCACGCCUCGUCCGCUUAAUCCGGUCUGUCGUAAUUCUCCGUGCCUCCGCUCUUCUCCUCCUUCACUCUACCGGCCAGAGAAGUACACGGCCUGGGCCCGUCCGUCCGUCCGUCCGUCCUACCAGCCCCCCAGAAACACGGGCCGACCACUUGCUGCUACGGCUCGGCAGUUUCGGGCCCGUUUGGGCCAAUUUUCGCCCAAUUUCUCGCCAUCUGUGCCGUCACAGCCUCACUCCAUCCCGUCCCGUCCCGUCCCAUCCCAUCCCCUCUUGUCUCGUUUGGCCGACCGAAGGGAGCGGGCCACGCGAAACGCAAUAAAACCCCUCCUCCCGGCAACCACUUCGGCCGGCCCCCAUCGGUCACGGGUUCAUUGUCUAAUUCGAGGUGACUUUUGGUCGCCUGGACACGGAUGCCAUAGCACGACAACUCGAGGCUAG